CUUCCUGGUGCAACUCUGGCCAGUCAGCAUUUAAGUGUGCUUAGCAAAGAUGUGUAUAGCUUCGGACGGUUUGUGAAGAGUUGCUUUGUGUUUGGAUGAAGUGGAUAUAUAAUUGCUUUUGUGAGAGAAAAUGAAUUAUUCUGGGUCGGACAGUGAAACAGAUGACAAUGAGCAUCCCCUGUUGCCUGGAAACAAGCCUUUUCUUAAAGUUGAGAAAGCGCCGCUAUGCUGCUCGUCACGCUGUAGCCUUGCCAUCCUGUCCAGCUAUGCGUUCUUUGUGGCGUACGCACUGCGCGUCAACCUGAGCGUGGCCAUGGUGGACAUGCUGGACAACAACACGGUCAGCAAUUCCAGCUCCCAAGUGUGUCAAGGACAUGCUGGGUCCAGUCCCCCUCCACACAACAAGACGGCAAACGUGUACAACUGGGACUCAGAUACCCAGGGCUGGAUCCUCAGCUCCUUCUUCUAUGGAUACAUUUUCACCCAAAUUCCCGGGGGAUACCUUGCCAGAAAAUACGGAGCCAAGUGGUUCCUUGGGAUUGGCAUUCUGGGAACAGCUAUAUUUACACUGCUUACACCUCUUGCUGCAGAUCUGGGGGCUGGAUACCUCAUUGCAGUUAGAGUUCUAGAGGGUAUUGGUGAGGGAGUAACGUUUCCUGCUAUGCAUGCCAUGUGGUCCUCAUGGGCUCCUCCUCUGGAGAGAAGCAGACUCCUCACUAUAUCAUACACGGGUGCGCAGCUGGGUACAGUAGUGUCACUUCCUCUGUCUGGGUUAAUUUGCUUUUAUAUGGACUGGACAUAUGUCUUUUAUAUAUUUGGAGCAGUUGGGGUGCUGUGGUUUAUAUUGUGGACAUUGUUAGUUAGCAACACACCUGAAACACACAGAAGAAUAUCUGAGAAAGAGAAGGCAUACAUAAUGUUAUCUUUAAGAAAUGAGCUGUCUCCCUCAACUAAACACAUUCCCUGGAGGUCAUUAUUGACGUCUGUGCCACUGUGGGCCAUUGUUGUAGCUCAUUUUUCCUACAACUGGACUUUCUACACUCUGCUGACCUUACUACCCACCUACAUGAAAAACGUUCUAGGAUUCAACAUUCAAGAGAAUGGAUUCUUGUCUGCUUUGCCAUAUUUGGGCUGUUGGAUAUUGGCACUUCUAGGUGGUCAGCUUGCAGAUUACUUGAGAGAAACAUGGAUGGUUUCUACUGUAAGAGUGCGCAAGUGUUUCUCAUUGAUCGGAAUGAUUGGACCAGCUGUAUUUCUGGUGUGUGCAGGGUAUACAGGCUGUAAUUAUAUCCUGGCUGUGACUUUUCUGACAAUCUCCUCUGCCUUGGGUGGGAUCUCUGCAUCAGGCUUUAGUAUAAAUCACCUGGAUAUUGCGCCAUCUUAUGCUGGGAUAUUACUUGGAAUUACCAAUACAUUUGCCACUAUCCCUGGAAUGGUUGGACCAGUUAUAGGCAGAGCCCUUACACAUUCUAACACUAUUCCAGAAUGGCAGACUGUCUUCUACAUCGCUGCUGCUAUCAAUGUGUUUGGUGCAGUAUUUUUCACCUGUUUUGGUAAAGGAGUGGUCCAGGGUUGGGCAGUUCCAGAUUUUCACUCACAUGGCAGCUAAGCUCUCGGAAAAUGAAUCACUUUCUACCGAAAUCAGGAGACCGCGCUGACCAAUGUGAUAUGCUUUUUUCUGUUCUGCUCAACAUCGCCAAAUUAUUUCAUUGUCGUCUAAUCUUGUUUAAACAUGUUACUCAGGAUUUUGUCCUUGCACCAAAUUUAGUGAGACAUAAUUGUUAGAUUUUCAAACAUUUGCUGACAAAAAUCAAGCCACCUUUGUGCAUCAACUAAAACUAAAGAUACUGAAUGGCAUGUUAUUGUUUGAUUUGUGUACAUCUUUGACAUUAUUUUUAUUAAUUAUGUAUGUUUAAUUCAGACUAGUUUCUUGAGGGGGCAGAAGAAGAUUAAUAUUGACUGCCAGUGGCAGUUUAUCAUCAAGUGUAGGUUUCCUGAGCAAAAUUUGUUCUUUGAAGAAAGUAUUGUUUAUUCUAGUGAAAUUGCACAAUUGCCAUUUCCUUGGGUUUUAUACUAUUUGUGUUUUAUAGCAAAAUCCCAAGGUUUUUUUUUAAAACAUGGUUAACGUAGUAAAGUGGGGAACUAGUGAGUUACAGUUUCCUAUUUGUUGAUAUUUGGAUUUUAAGUACUGUCAAGUAUUUAGAAAUUUUAUUCAGUGCCUUUAUUCAGUGUAACAUAUCUGAAAGCAUGAUUCUUGAAUAUUUGGAAUAUUAAUGCCAGUCAGAUUUGAUGUCUGCAGACGAGAUAUCUUUUCACACUCAUGUGCUUGUCAGGGAAAUUAGAAUAUGACCCAUAUUCCUAAAUGCAAGAUAGAAAUAGGAAAAAUGAACACUAUAAAAUGCAUUAUUUAGAAAUAUUAAUUAGCUACAGUAGCUGUAUGAAGGUAAUUUGUCAGCAGAGAAGCAAUGACAGUAUAACUAAAAAAGUGGUUUAUUUUUCAAACCAGAUGUUUGGCUUGAUUUUGUUUGUUUUUUUAAUUCUACACAUUGUUUCCUUUUUUAUUUCAAUUUCGUACAAGUUACAGCUGUUAUUUGUUGUGAUAAGGUGAUACGUUACUGCUUUAACAGCAACAAAAAGUCAAACUUUAUGAAGUUUUGCUCUACUUAAAAAAGCUGACAUUUAAAAAAAGAAGUGGCACAGCUUAGCCCCUUUUUUCCUAAAUAUUUUUAAAUUAUAAUGUUUUUAGUACAGUAGGUUAAGAAAUGUUAUUGUAGUGAAUUCUAAAGACCUUUCUGUACUUCUGUGAAUAAGCUUUUAGUAUGUAAUGGGAAUGUGAAGUAUAUCACAUUGAGGCAUCCUUUUUGUACAAAUAUUAAUACUCUUAACUUUAAUCACAAAUAAAUAAAAGCACUUUAUUUGUUCAGGAACGUGUACAGUGCUGAAAGGAGUAAAUCAGUUUAACAUGAUAUUAAGUUGCAAGGGAAAUAAAAAAAAAACUUUGUUACGACUAUAAUAAUUUGUAUCAUUAAAUACAAAUUACUGGUAUAUUUUAUUUUGUGACAAAUGUUAAAACUAAUGUACAUGUGUGAGUAUCUCUUCAUCACCAGAAAAAGGAUUCUUGGAAUUGAUCACUUUAAAAUGUAAAACUCUUUCUAUUCUAUUAUUUUUAUGUGUGGUUUAGUUGUACUAUUUAAUAAAAGUGUUGUGUUCUCACCAAAACGCAGAGUGCUUAGCGAACUGUAUGAAUUUAUCAUAAAAAUCAUAUAAAUUUUAUGGCACCUGCUGUGAAAACUUUUCAUUCUGUACACAAUGUUUCAUGGUCAAUAUUGAACUUUAAAAAAAAGUUCCUGAACUGCAUGUAUAAAUGAAAGUUUGUCAUAACGAAAUCAAUCAGCGCUUGUUAAACACCAUGGCUUGUAUUUUUUUGCGUACCAUGAAAUUAAGGAGACUAGACGAACACUAGAGACACACCUAGCAAGGGGACUACUCACAAGUUAAACUGCACUUUCACUAAAGAUAUCCUCAAACCUACUCUGCAUCCACCUGCUUAACAUCCCCAUUAGCAUCCUAGCAACAGAACCGCGAAUUAAUAAAAAAAGAGUGGUGGUAGUCUUUUUUUUUUUUUAACGAUGAUGUUUGCC